AUGUCGGCGCGUAUAUUCGGGCAAUUACGGGCCCUUCUCUCGCGUGUGCGCCGCGACGCAUGCUUAGUUUCCGGGUCACAUGAUGCCUGUCAUGGCAGCCUCCGUGGCCUGGGGAGGCGUGAAUGCUGGGUUCCUGCUGCGGGCGGCCAGGGGUGCCUGGUGGUGCCGAUCCGGGGGCUUUUGGGGGUCCGGGGAGACGGCGGCGCCUGCGAUAGCCAAGAAGUUCCGGGCGACAGGCUCGCGCCCGGCGGGGGAGGAAGAAGCCGGCUGUCCCGAGCGGCCUGGGGACGUGGUGAACGUGGUGUUCGUAGACCGGUCAGGCCAACGGAUUCCGGGGCCUGUGAAGCCUCCCUGGCGUGCUCCACCUGCCACGUGUAUGUGAGCGAGGACCACCUGGACCUUCUGCCUCCUCCUGACGAGAGGGAGGACGACAUGCUGGACAUGGCCCCCCUCCUCCAAGAGAACUCCCGGCUGGGCUGCCAGAUUGUGCUGACACCUGAGCUGGAAGGGGCUGAAUUCACCCUGCCCAAGAUCACCAGGAACUUCUACGUGGACGGCCACGUCCCCAAGCCCCACUGACACAGGCAGCUGGAUGGUCCCAGACACUCACGGCCCCAGGGCCAGGACUGGAGGAAUAGCCAAGUUGCCAGCCCCGCCCAGAGCACGGGACAGGCCCGGGAGAGAUGGCGGAAGGAACCGGAAGGCCAGAACCCCUGCUUCAGAGAGAUCCCACGUCCAGGCUCUGGUGGGGACAGGGCCCCUGUUGGGGCAGCCUCCCCCAAACCCCUGAGAAUGGGGGUGUGGAUAGGGGUGGACUCUAAUCGGAGAGAUAAUAAAACCGUCUCACAGA